ACUUUGGGUGCCGUGAACGAGAGCGCGAAUCGAGGCGCUUCCCCUCCUCCGUGGAGGGGAGGGGAGGGGGAGGAGGGACGUUGUAACCCGUGCCGAAAGAGAGAGAGAUAGACAGACGGAUAGAUAGAGAGAAAGAGAGGAAGAGAAGAAGGAAGAGAGAGAGAGAGAGAAAGAGAGAGAACAGACAGACAGACACGCAGAACGCGACGUCAAGAUGUCGUCGUCGGGGCAUAGCAGCCGCGGUCGUGCCGUCCACAUCGGCUCGAUAUUUCAAAAGUUGCAGGGUCGUUUCGCCGACGCUAUGACGCCGCCAAAACUUUCAACGGAUAAGCGUAUGUUAGAUAAGACAUGGAAAUUAAUGGACAAGGUCGUUAAACUUUGUCAACAUCAGCGUAUGAAUUUAAAAAAUUCACCGCCUUUUAUAUUGGACAUAUUACCGGAUACGUAUCAACGUUUAAGGUUGAUUUACAGUAAAUACGAGGAUAGGAUGCAGGUUUUACACGGUAACGAACAUUUUUGUGUAUUUAUCAACAAUCUAAUGCGUAAGUGCAAACAGGCGAUAAAACUUUUCAAAGAGGGAAAAGAAAAGAUGUUCGAUGAGACGUCACAUUAUAGAAGAAAUCUGACCAAAUUGAGUCUCGUAUUUAGUCACAUGUUGUCAGAAUUGAAGGCGAUAUUCCCGAACGGCGUAUUUGCCGGUGAUCAAUUUCGUAUAACCAAAUCGGACGCCGCCGAAUUUUGGAGGGAUCGCUUCGGUAACAGUACUUUGGUACCAUGGAAGGUAUUUAGACACGAAUUAAAUCAAGUACAUCCGAUAAGUUCUGGAUUACAAGCAAUGGCAUUGAAAUCAACGAUAGACCUUACGUGCAACGACUACAUUUCCAAUUUUGAAUUCGACGUAUUUACAAGAUUAUUUCAACCAUGGUCGACGCUCCUACGCAAUUGGAAAAUCUUGGCUGUGGCACAUCCCGGUUACGUUGCCUUUCUCACGUACGAUGAAGUAAAGGCACGUUUACAAAAAUAUUGUAUCACCAAACCUGGAAGUUACGUAUUUCGAUUAAGUUGCACGAGAUUAGGUCAAUGGGCGAUCGGAUAUGUUACAUCAGACGGAGAUAUACUUCAGACUAUACCACACAACAAGAGUCUUUGUCAAGCACUUUUAGAUGGUUAUAGGGAAGGCUUUUAUUUAUAUCCUGAUGGACGUAACAUAAAUCCGGAUUUAACAUGGGCUGUACAACCAACACCUGAAGAACACAUAAAAGUUACUGCGGAGCAGUAUGAACUUUAUUGUGAAAUGGGUAGCACAUUCCAAUUGUGUAAGAUUUGUGCGGAGCAUGAUAAGGAUGUUAGGAUAGAACCUUGUGGACAUCUACUUUGUACUCCGUGUCUUACAGCUUGGCAGGUAGAUUCGGAAGGGCAAGGUUGCCCAUUCUGUCGAGCAGAAAUCAAGGGUACCGAACAAAUCGUAGUGGAUCCAUUCGAUCCUCGAAGAACACAUCGACCUGGAAUACAUUCAGCGUCAGCUAACAACGCAUCAACCCCCACGCGGGAUCUCGACCCCGACACCGAGGAUAUAAUGGAGCUAAGGAACGGACUGAUUUGCGACGAUACAGAUGACGAAGAAGAUAUCAGUCCUACGAAUUCACCAAUACCACCUCGAAGAAUCGUUCCAAGUCCGCCAUUACCUCCAAGACGACCAUCGCCAUCACCAACGCCAAAUAAUCAUCUUCGAAAUGGUCGACAUUUGGUCGUUCCAAAAGAAAAUGCACCUCCCCCACCGUCUUCUAAUAUCACUGUUAUUUUAAGUUCUACUACUGAUUGUCAACACAAUAAAGUUAAUAACGAGGCGAAGUACGACAUGCUGCACAGAGCAUCAUCGCCAUCACCGAUACCACCUGUGCCACCUGUACCUGCACCACCCACAGUAGUCAGAGGUAGUGGUCACAUACGACAAAAUCAUGGAAAUCAUGCAUCCAUCACAGUUCAGACUCCACCGAUAUUACCAGAAAAAACAAAUCGUAUCAUUUCAAAUAAUUGUACUACAACAACAAUAAUAACAACAACAACAACAAUAAUGACGGCGACUACAACGACGCCUACGGCAAUGACAACAACAACAACUACUGCAAUGACAACAGCAGCAACGACAACAACAGCAACAACAACAUCAACAUCGGUGGCUACAACUACAACGUUAACCGCUACAAACAAUGUACCACCAGUACCACCUCCCUUGUCCGCACCAAGACCACCAAAAGGUAGCAGUAAAGAAAAUUCUAAACAAGAUCAUCAAUAUGAAAAUACGAUUGUCAUUCCUGGUACGAGGCAACACGUUGUAAAGAAUAUUAAUCUCGAAGUAAACCGAGCACGAUUAACUGCUCUCAUGAAGGCCAGGGAUGAUAUUAAUGGUCCAACAAGCAAACCAGAGGCCGCUGCUUAUGAAAAUGUCAAUGUUGAACAUAUCGCUAGGCUCACCUCACUUGGUUUCGCUCAGGACGCUGUGAUUAGGGCUUUGGGUAUCACAAGGAAUGACUUUGAAAUGGCGUGCGACAUUUUGCACGAAUUCGCGACGAAAUCCUCUUGACCCGGCUCGACCACUGCUGGAUCAUGACCGGUUUUACCCACAAGACAUUACUUUUGACGUGGAACACGUUCAUUAAUCUACGGAUCCUGUCUGUGUUAGCUCUUUACAUGUGUCUACUACCAACAACAAUCACCGAUUCAUAGUUUUUCUUCUCUUUUGGAAAAAGAAAAAAAAAAAGAAAAAAUAAAUAAAUAAAACAGAAAAUUUAGAAUGACGUUAAAACAACUCUGAUAUCGAAUCGAUCAAAUCCUGAUCGUGUUCCAUUAGAGUAUAUCUAAAGAUCCUACAUAGAUUGAAUAUAAAGAUAUAGACUC